AAAUCUGCAGGGAGUCAGGGAGAUUUUUAUAUUUUGGUCAAGCUUCUUGAUUUCAACGUAUUGAUUAAAUAUAUGUAUAAUAGUUGCGCAUUAGUUUUGUGUUUUUCUGAUUUGCAUGUAACUCAGAGAAAAAAGUCUACUGAAAUAUUGUUAAAAACUCUUUCACUUUCGAAUUCUUUGUCGCGUACGAGGAAAUUAUCUUUGACGCAUUGUCAGCCGCCUUCGUCUUUUUUAGAAAACUGAACACCUAAACUGUAGAAUAUAUUAAAAAUAAAGUGUGUGCACUUUAAUACAUAAUGGCUCUUUUCGACGUAACUGGUUUCAAGACUUAUUCUGAGCUCCGCGGGCAGAUUCUUCCAGCUGGACAAACGCAUCUCGUCGACAGGACCAACCACUACAAUUUCGGGGCCAAAACUCAGGAAUUUGCUGUACCUGUGGGUGUAGACCCCUCAGGCUUUCUCAAGUCCUGCAACCAUGAUGGGGGUGUGUGCAUCGAAAUGAACCAUGGUACGACCACCCUGGCCUUCAAGUUCAGACAUGGAGUCAUCGUGGCUGUGGACUCCAGAGCCUCAGCUGGCCGUUACUUAGCAUCUAAUGAUGUCAACAAGGUGAUAGAGAUCAACCCCUACCUGCUGGGCACCAUGUCAGGCAGCGCUGCAGACUGUCAGUACUGGGAGAGACUCCUGGCCAAAGAAUGCAGACUCUACAGGCUGAGGAACAACCACAGGAUCUCUGUGGCGGCUGCAUCAAAGCUGCUGUCUAACAUGAUGCUGGGUUACAGAGGCAUGGGCCUCUCUAUGGGAAGCAUGAUCUGUGGAUGGGACAAAGAGGGCCCUGGUUUGUACUAUGUGGACGAUAACGGGACACGUCUGUCUGGCCGGAUGUUCUCCACCGGCUGUGGGAGCAGCUUCGCCUACGGUGUGGUGGACAGCGGUUACAGGGAGGACAUGACGGUAGAGGAGGCGUAUGAACUGGGCCGUCGGGGCAUCGCUCACGCUACACACAGGGAUGCCUACUCUGGAGGAGUGGUCAACAUGUACCACAUGCAGGAGGACGGCUGGAUAAAGGUGUGUAAGGAAGACGUAUCAGAGCUGAUCCACCGCUACAGGAAGGGGAUGUUCUGAGUUUGACCCCUAAACCCAGAUCAACAUCAACACUCUGAACGGUCCAAUGAUGUGUUUCUUACCA